UUGCUGUCAAUCUUUAAAGUGGUUCGAAAGCGAAGAUGGCUGCGACACACCGCGCCCAACAUUUUUCUCAAUAAUUUUCACUAAAAUUCACGGGUGGCAAUCCUCAAAUAAGGACUGUGUUGUGAAAUAUCAGUGCAUCCGGUGAUACACCACACAAAUCAUCCAUAGUGCAAUGUGCAAGUGCUGAAAGUGCAGAGAAAAGAGUGACUUUCUGCCUCGAAAAUCCACCUUCCUUCGGAGUCACCUUUUUUUUUCUUCGCUGAAGGAUUUCCUGAGCAGGAAUUAGGAGAAAUCAUCAAAUUCAAAAAGAAAAACAACCUUCGAAAGUGUAAUAAUAUAAGUGCUGCCAUUGAAAAGUGUUGUAAUUUAGACGAGAUAGUGAAGUGUUAUAGAGAAGAAAAUAGCGAGAAAGUCAACGAUAUUAAUUAGAAUUGCGAUAUUAGUGUUAAGGUGAUCUGUUUGUUUUUACUUUGUCCAUUGAAGGAAAAUUUCUCUUGUGAAAAAAGAAGAGAAAGAGUGAAAAUUGAUAAAAAAGAGGAAGACGCAAUAAAAUCUCAUCAAAAUGUGGCGACAGAGUUUCUAUCUUGUCGCUGCAUUAUUCCUCACAGCAAAUGCACUCAUUCAUUCACCGCCGAGAAUAAUUAAGGAACCACCUACAGAUGAGCUACUAUUUCAGGUGGCACUGCAGACAAAUGAAAAUGAUAAGCCAUUUAUCAUUGAAUGCGAAGCUGAAGGGGAACCAGCCCCAAGGUAUCGAUGGAUAAAGAACGGCAAGAGAUUUGAUUGGCAGGCUUACGAUGACAGAAUGUCUCAGCAACCUGGACGUGGAACUCUGGUCAUUACGAGUCCACGUGAUGAAGAUCUUGGGCAAUAUCAGUGCUUUGCUGAAAAUGAGCACGGUAUUGCAACGUCAAAUUCGGUGUUUGUGCGAAAGGCUGAAUUGAACUCCUUCAAGGAUGAUACACCGAAAGUGCUGACGGCCAAUGAGGGUCAACCGUUCAAGUUGCAGUGUCAACCACCCGAUGGUUGGCCCAAGCCCAAUGUCUACUGGUUGAUUCAGAAUUCCGAUGGGGGUAUUUUGAGUAUCAACAAUUCACGCAUGACACUCGAUCCGGAGGGAAAUUUGUGGUUUUCCAAUGUCACGCGGUAUGAUGCAUCAGAAGACUUUUACUAUGCCUGUGCUGCCACAUCGGUCUUCCGGAAUGAAUACAAAUUGGGCAAUCGAGUGUUGCUGGAGGUGCUGCAGACGGGCAUCUCACCCACACAGAAUCGUCAUGAGCCUAAGCAACAGUACGUGACGAGGAAGAAUGAGGUGGCAUUGAGGGGUAAGAGAGUUGAAUUGUACUGUAUCUAUGGUGGUACACCAUUACCUCAGACUGUAUGGACAAAGAAUGGACAGGCGAUUUUCUGGAGUGAUAGAGUAUCCCAGGGUAAUUAUGGGAAAUCAUUGGUGAUCAAACAUGCGACAUUUGAAGAUGCCGGAAGUUACACAUGUGAAGCAUCCAAUGGUGUUGGCAAUGCUCAAUCAUAUUCUAUUAAUCUGCAAGUUCUGGCAACGCCAUAUUUCACCAAGGAACCCGAUAUUCAGAAUGCAGCUGAAGGGGAAACGGUAACGUUCAACUGUGAGGCAUCUGGAUCACCUGAACCAGUGAUAAAGUGGAUUCACAAUGGAAAACCAAUUCAAGAUUCGCCAAUCAAUGAACGUCGAACAGUUACUACGAAUAGUAUUACCAUUCACAAUAUCCUGAAGAAAGAUACGGGUAAUUAUGGUUGUAACGCAACAAAUUCCCUGGGAUAUGUCUACAAGGAUUUCUACCUCAAUGUCUUGGCCUUACCGCCGGAAAUUGUGGAGCCACCGCGUCAGGAAGCUACAGUAGAUCGUAGAACAGUAACAUUGGUGUGCAGAGUCUUUGGAGCACCUAAACCCGAAGUCAAGUGGAUCCGUAAUGGUCUAGAAUUGACUGGUGGACGGUAUAAGACUCUUGAGAAUGGUGACUUGGAAAUUCAUGAUGUUGCAUUUGCCGAUGCUGGUGACUACACUUGCUAUGCUGUAAAUAAAUUUGGUAGCAAAGAUGCCAAUGGAACGUUAAUUGUGAAGGAACAUACGAGAAUUACAGAUGAUCCGCAAGAUUAUGAAGUAACUGCUGGAACUCCGGCCACAUUCAGAUGCAAUGCCGUUGCAGAUUCAUCAUUGGAUUUGAGCAUUGAAUGGCUCAAAGAUGGUGAAAUUAUUGAUUUUGACAGUGAACCACGUUUUGUCAAGACCAAUGAUAAUUCUCUGACCAUCUCCAAGACAACUGAAUUGGAUUCGGGUAUUUAUAUUUGUGUGGCAAAGACAGAAUUGGAUGAGGCAAGGGCUCAGGCAACGCUCACAGUGCAAGAUGUGCCCAAUCCACCAUUACUGCUCAAUGUAAAGUGCAAUGCACAAGAUGCAACUGUUUCAUGGACACCACAGGGAGACAAUCGUUCGCCCAUUCUACACUAUACCAUCCAGUACAAUACAUCCUUCACGCCGGAUACGUGGGAAGUGGCAGCAUCAUCAGUUCCAGCGACAGAUUUCACUUAUUCAGUCUUCAUGAGUCCUUGGGCCAAUUACACUUUCCGUGUGAUUGCUUUCAACAAAGUAGGACCGUCCACGCCGUCUGGACACAGUGAAGUCUGCACUACGCAGCCCAAUGUACCCUUUAAGAAUCCAGAUAAUGUUGAGGGAAAAGGAAGCGAACCCAAUAACCUGAUCAUCAAAUGGACGCCAAUGCCCGAAAUUGAGCACAAUGCACCCCUCUUCCAAUACCGUGUCUACUGGAAUCAGGAUAUUCCUGGUGCACAAACAAAUACUGAGACAAUAGGAAAUUGGCGACAAUCAGAAUUGGUUGUGCGGGAUCAGCCAACUUUCCAGCGCUAUAAGAUUCGCGUAGUUGCGGUGAAUCGAAUGGGAGAGGCAAAUGUAAUUGCCAAUCCUGUAAUUGGUUAUUCUGGAGAAGAUCGUCCAUUGGAAGCUCCGAAGAAUUUUACAGUUUUGCAAGUGACUGACAGUACAAAGGCUCUAAUGAGCUGGAGUCCUGUUUCGGAGGAUUCUGUUCGGGGUCACUUUAAGGGGUAUAAAAUUCAAGUGUGGACACAGGGAGAGGGCGAGGAUAAUCGUAGGGAGAUUCAUGUGAAGAGUGACUCGAAUAGGGCUCUUGUGGACAAAUGCACACCAAAUGCUCUGAAUUAUGCAAAGGUUCUUGUCUACAACAGUCGAUACAAUGGUCCUCCAAGUGAGACUGUGUCCUUUACAACACCUGAGGGUGUUCCCAGUUCUGUCCAAUCCUUGGAUGCCUAUCCAUUGGGUUCAUCGGCCUUCCUGCUGGUCUGGAAGAAGCCACUGCAUCCAAAUGGUGAGCUUCAAGGGUACAAGAUCUACUUCGAAGAGGUCAAAGGCACCUAUUUGGGGCCUAAGAUGGAACGAGAGCCACAUAUCAAUGAUCCCAGGGUAACACGUGCCAAAUUGGCAGGAUUGAAACCAGACACAAAAUAUCGGCUGCACAUUACAGCAACAACAAGGGCAGGAGAAGGUGAAGGUUUGUACAUUGAGCAGAAAACUGCUUCGGGUCUUACUGUUCCGCCCGAUGUGCCCCAAUUUGGCUGGGAUCGUCUGCCAAGUGACAAUGGCCUGGCCAAUAUUAAAGUGACUUGGUAUCCGAAUCUCGAUGGGAAGCCCGGAUCGCACUUCUUUGCCAAGUACCGCAUCAAGGGAGAGAGUCAGUGGCAGACAACUGAUCCACAACUUGAUGAGGAUACCCUCAUUGUACGUGGCCUUCAGCCAGAGACCAACUACGAUUUCCGUGUUGUGGCUGUCGAUGGGGACUAUCUCACUGAGAGUGGUUCUCAGGAAGUUGACACCUUUGGCAUUGAGGGUCCAAUUAAGGUGCCAAAUGAGAAUGUGGCAACAGCAGGAUGGUUCAUUGGCAUGAUGCUUGCCAUUGCAUUCCUUUUGCUGCUUCUCAUUGUCAUCUGCAUCAUCAAGAGAAAUCGCGGCGGCAAGUAUGAUGUGCACGAUCGCGAGAUGGCCAAUGGAAGACGUGAUUAUCCUGAAGAGGGUGGCUUCCAUGAAUAUUCGCAGCCCUUGGACAAUAAGAGCCAAGGUAGACAAUCAUUGAGUUCCAAUCAGACAAAGCCCGGACCCGAAAGUGACACAGAUUCAAUGGCAGAGUACGGGGAGGGAGAUACAGAGGGAAUGAAUGAAGACGGUUCCUUCAUUGGUCAAUAUGGACGAAAAGGACGAAAUCCUGAGACGAAUUCACAAGCUUUUGCCACGCUUGUGUAGAAAUUUAAAAAAAAAAAGAAGAGAAAAUCAAAAAAAAAUUGGCGAAUAAAACAAAAAUGAUACAAAAUCAAAAGAAAAUUUAAGAAGGGAAUCUCCAUCUGAUGAAAAUCAACAAGGAUGCGAAUAUUAGUUUUUAGCCCAUUUAUGCCUUAAGUUUUUUAUUUUCAACAUAGAAAACUUUUAAGUUAAUUUUGAGCAGGACAAUUCACAGAGGAUGGAUCUUUCAUUGGUCAAUAUGUUCCUGGUAAAUUGCAACCACCAGUUAGUCCACAACCAAUUCCACACAAUCCACCACCAACUCAAGGAGGAAAUGUAGCAACGUACGUGUAAGAAUUUUUAAUUUUGUUUUGACUAGUUAAACCAACAAAUUCUUAAUUACGACAAAGAAAAUAAUAAUUAUUUUUUUUGUGAGAAUGAAAGAAGGAAGUUUUGACAAAAGAAGACAGAAAAUAGAAAUAUUGUUAUUUGCUUUUUGAAUUUAUUUUAAAACUUGAAAAAAAAACAUACUUUUCAUGGAUUUUUAUUUACAGUCUUUCCUUCUCACAAGAAGAUUAUUUGUAUCGAUUACGAGUAAUUGAUGUAUUUAUUCUUGCUAUUAAUUAAAAUAUUAAAAAAAAAUAAUAAAAUAAAAUAAAAAUUGAAACUGAUAAGUGACGCUAAGAACAAAGAAAUUGCACUUAAAGUGCAAUAAAAAUCUUUUAAUAAUAAUUUAUUUAAGCCACAUUUAUUGCUAAUUCAUUGAUAAUGAAUUUUAUUGAACGCAGCGAUCAAUUUUGCAAUUUUUUUUCUAAAAUAUUUUUCUGCUUUUUAUUUGGAGCAAAAAACAAGUUAGAAUAAAUCAAUCAAAUGCAUUUUGUUUGUGGCUCUAAUUAAAGAAAAAAAACUUACUGCAGAUACAAAAAACAUGGAACAUGAAUCGAAAAAAAAAAGUGAAGUAUAAUUCUUAUUGCUAAUAUAUUUUUUAAAAAAAUAUUUAGUAGAAAAAAAUGCGUACAUAAACGUCAUCACAAGAUGUAUAAAAUGAAAUCUAAAAAAAAUGAAACUAUUUCUAGAAAAAUAAUUACGGGAAGUAUAUAAGAAAGUGUUCUCUGCCUCUGUGGAUGUUGAAAAGAAAAAAAAAGAAUUAAAAGAAAUAAAACUUUGUAUAUUUGAAUACUCUAGGAAAAAAAAAGAUGAAGUUAAAAGGUGAAACUCUAUUGGAAGAUCUUUUAUUAACUUUAAAUGACACGUGACAAUUUUUUUUAGUUUUUUUUUCGAAAGAAAAAAAAGAAGGAAAACGUCUUUCAUGCAGCUUUAGUUGUGAAUUUUAUCAUUUUACAGAAUAUAAUGCUUAAGAAAUCACAUUAAAAAAAAGAGAGAUAAGGAAUUUUUAAAUAUAAGAUGUAAAAUCAUUUUUCUAUCCUAUUCUAUUCUCACAAGUGCACAAAAUAUUUUUUUUUGAUUAUUUGACAAACAAGCGACAAAUUUCGAAUGUAGAGAGAAUUUACAGUCUCUAUUUUUUCUUAUUUGAUCAAGAGGUUAACUAGAAAUUUGAGGUUAGAUUGAACCUAACCUUAAAAUGAAACUGGCAUGCAAGAUAAUUUAAGGAGCAAAAACUCCGAAACUUCAUGUCAUUUGUCAUAAAUUUUCUGACGUUUUUUUUUUUAUUUCCGAAAAAAUUCUUCAAAUUCUAACGUAGAAAAAUUUAGGUUAACCGUAAUCUAACCUUACAUUUCCUAGAAAACUCUUGGUUAAAAAAAAGAAAAUGAGAGGCGCUUUGACACAAAUUUUUGUGCGUCUCUGUUGUAAUAUAUUACUUGAAGUAAUUGAGCAAUUAUUUUUCUUUAAUUCUUAUGAAAAAAAAUCACAUGCAAUUAGAUGAUAAUUUUGUUGAACUAAUUUAAAUAGAAAUAUCUUUAUUUUUUAUUUUAAAAAUUUUAUAUAUUUGAAAAAAGAAAGAAAGAUAGAAAGAAAUGGUCCAGUUUUAUUUUCUUUGUCCUCAGUAGUUUUUUUUUCUACAGAAAAAAAAGGCAAAACAAAAAUGUACAUUUUAAUGUGGUGGAAAAUGAAUUCGUGCAGCUAUUUUUUUUUAUUAUUUUCAAAUGACUGUAAUUAUUAUUUUUUCUUUUAGGUUAUAGAUAAAUGUUUAACUUGCGUAAGAUAUUACAAAAAGAAAAAAAAAACAUUGAAGUGUUCAACCCUCAUCAUUUUUUCUUUUCAUUUCAUUUUUGAUCUCUUUGUUCUUCUGUAAUAUUUUCCCCAUUUCCAGUGUUAAUAAUGUGAAAAUAAAAUAUUUCAAAAAAAAGCGAUAUUCUCUGUAAAAUAAGGAAAAUAUUAAAAAUAAUAUGUGAAAAUUAUAUUGAUGAACAAACCCUUUGAACGGCAGCUAAAAGAAAUUCAAAUUUAACAUGUGAGAAAAAAGAUGUUACAGCACAAUUUUUGUCUUUUUUCUCUCAGAAACAAAAAUGUAUUUUUCAAACAAACAAAAAAUAUAUUUUUUAAGUCACUGACAAAUUUAUUUUCCGCCAUAUAUUAUUUUGAGACCUCUUUUUAGAUAUUUAAGUUUAUUGUCUUUCUGUAGCUUAUUUUUUUUUAAUGACAAAUACUUCACGUCCUUUAGUCUAUUAUUAUUUUUUUUUAUACACAAUCACAAUGAGAAAUCUCACAAAAAUCACACUCGAAAUUUUCUUACACACUUUUUUUUUAUUUUUUAAGAAUGAAUAAGUUGAAUACGAUGACGAAGAAAAAAUGAAAAAUAAACUUUUAUUUUACUUA